CAAACCCUUUCCAAUGGCUUCUUUUCUAACCUUACAAAAUCCCAAGAAAAUAAAGACAGGAUGGCCUUUUGGAUCAGAUCCUCUUAUCUCCCUCUUUUCCUUGGCCUCCUGUCCAUCCUCCUCCUCCACCCCGUCACCUCCACCGCCACUGCCACAGCUGUCCGCCUCGGCGUCGUUCGCCGGCCCUCUGGCUCCCUCCCCAUCUUCCAUGAAGCCCCCGCCUUUCGCAACGGGGGUGAAUGUGGGUCUGGACACAACAAUCUUAUCCAUGUAGCCAUGACCCUUGACGCAAACUACCUCCGUGGCACCAUGGCUGCGAUUCUGUCAAUGUUACAACACUCCACAUGCCCUGAGAACCUCUCCUUCCACUUCCUUUCUGCACACUUUGCGGAUGCCGACCUCUUUUCAAGCAUAAAAUCCACCUUCCCUUACCUCAACUUCAAGAUUUACCGCUUCGACUCGAGCCUUGUUUAUGGGAAGAUUUCUAGGUCCAUCCGACAAGCUCUGGAUCAGCCUCUUAACUAUGCAAGAAUCUACCUUGCAGACAUCAUCCCGGCCGAUGUAGGGCGGGUCAUUUAUCUAGAUUCCGACCUUGUUGUCGUGGACGAUAUCGCAAAGCUAUGGGCUGUGGACAUGGAAAACAAGGUGGUGGCUGCACCCGAAUACUGCCGUGCAAAUUUCACACAGUAUUUCACCGAGGUGUUUUGGUUGGAUCCUGAUUUGUCGAAAACAUUCCAAGAAAGAAAUCCAUGCUAUUUUAACACAGGAGUGAUGGUGAUGGACGUGGAUAAAUGGAGAGAAGGAAGGUAUACAGAGAAGGUUGAAGAGUGGAUGGCAGUGCAGAAGAAGAAGAGGAUAUACCGUUUGGGGUCUUUGCCACCAUUCUUGCUUGUUUUAGCUGGGAACAUCAAGCCAGUCGAUCACAGAUGGAACCAACAUGGUUUGGGUGGUGAUAAUUUCGAAGGGAAAUGUAGGGGGCUACAUCCUGGCCCAAUUAGCCUUCUCCAUUGGAGUGGGAAAGGGAAGCCAUGGUUGAGGUUAGAUUCUAGGAAGCCAUGCACCAUAGAUUAUCUUUGGGCUCCGUACGACCUCUACCGUUCUUCGAGACAAUGGUUAGAAGGAUGAAGAGAUCAUCAAGGUUGGGGUACGUGGAAAUUUCUUUCUGCCUUUCGGUCUCCUUUACCAUGGCUCAUGAAAAUGAAGCUAGCUAGCUAGCUAGGCCAGCCAUUGAUGGCGUAGUGAAAGGAGCGCCGAGCGCGCGUCCAGCUUGUUAAUACUAUUCAAUUUUUGUUUUCCCUCUUCUUUCGACGAUAGGUUUGGGUAUAGUGCUGGUGUUGUUUCGGGAUUGUAACAACAUGCAUGCAUGGUGUUUCUUUCAACCAUGGAAAAGAAUACACAUUACACAACAUGAUUUUGACUCAU